AUGGCUUCCAUCAUCCACAAGGAGAGAACCGGCAAGGGCCUCAAGAUCAGCGAGGAUGUCGUCCUCAAGGAGGAGAUGUACGAGGAGGAGGAUGACCCGCCACGACCCAACAUCUGGAGAGACCUGCCAUCCAAAUUCCAGGAUUUUGCCACCAUACAGGCAGCCAUGCACCAGUCUGUCGCCAACCCAUCGUUCCUCGCCAGGGGCGCCAGCGUGGCUCAGGUCGAGCGUGACUUUGAGCGAAUCUUUGGAGCCAUGACACGACCGCCAGUGCACUCGCAGCUGGACAUGGCCUACGCAGCCGCACCUCCUCGUCCUCCUCACCAGGCCACAGACUCACCAGCUCAGGCCCUCCAUAUCGACACGUCGUUACCAUCACGUCCCGUUCCAGCCUCUGCCCAUCCCGCCGCCGUGCCCUCUCCCCUGACGGGCCAGACUGCCUCCACUCCUGGCAGUAUGUUGUCACCCGGCAUGAGCCCUGCGGCCCUUGGAAGUCCUACGUUUACCUUUGGCCUCCAUCCGCACUCCGUCGCGAGUCCCAUGACGACACCCAACACGAACUUUCCACAGAUGUCACCGCCACUCAAUUCGGACCACAUGACGAGCCGCUCCCAGUCCGUUGCUGCGAGCGAGGCGGGCAGCGGCUCCUCGCACGUGAACACAGCUCUUCACAAUCAUGCAGCCUCACAAGGCCUGCGGCGGGCGCGCCAGGCGUCGAGCGGACUGCGCUCGGCGCUUCAUACACCUGGACACUCGACGGCUACUACACCUUCAGGGGAGCCGCUGUCCAAGCGCCGGCGGUCAGAGUACGAUGCCCCAUUGACUACCACGCCAGGGCCACCGACGGCACACUUCACCUCCCAGCUGCCACAGAACCUGCACGACAUAUUUGCAGGCGCGUGGAUGGACAAUAUGCAGGGAGGAUGGCAGCUCGACAACCCGGGGCUUUUUGGCCCUCAGCAGACUCCCAUGGUCUUACAAGACCCACCGCCUCCGAGAAACCAGCACCGCCAUUCUGUGCCCUUCCCGAACCAGCCCAUGUCGAGGAUCUCUUCGCAACUGUCAGCCUCUGCGACCGGCCAGCCUGCCUCCGCGGCGACCGAUUGCCACGCGACACGAGACAGUUCUUCCAUCAGUCCCACCUUGGUUCAUGACUCUGCAUCGCCGCGUGCGUCUGCUGAGACAACACCGGCCGCCACGUUUGAUAACGAUCUGGCUCUGUAUGAGAUGGCCAAGAGCAACCCAUCCUUUGAUUGGUGCGCCAGCAAUAUGGUUGCUGAUCUUCCUACUACGGGAGAUUUCAACAUCGAUGACUUCCUCAACAUGCCAUCCUCUCAGGAGGCGGCCGACAAUAUCAACAACAAUGGUCUACCAUGGUAUUAA